UUCUCUCUUUUUUAUCUUCUCCUCUCUCACCUUUGGGUUUUUUUUAAAAUGGCUCUUGACCCGGUUGAUGAUCUUUGGCUUACACAAUGUAAAUUAUUUUGCAUAUUUUAAUAACUCUUAGCAGUAUUGCAAAUUUUCCACAUCGCCGGAGCUGUGGGAAGCAUCGCUUCCAUUGGCUCCAACUAAAUCACAUGUGCGUCAUCACGUGGCCCCGGGAGGAAAAAGGGGUGCUUUUUGGUGUAAAUCUGUACUCUAAUUCUAUAAUAUAUCACAGUACCUCGUAAAACCGACACUAAAACGUCCCGGCCUACAAAUCACUCCGCCAAAUUAUGAGUUCAUUGUAUUAUGCGAAAGCUUUAUUUUCUAAAUAUCAAGCUGCAAGUUCGGGUUUCCCGACCGGGGUAUUUCCAGAGCAAACUUCAUGUGCGUUUGCCACCGGUUCGCAAAGACCCUCCGGCUAUGGUCUGGGGUCCGGUGCCGCUUCGUUCUCCUCCUCCGUGCCGGGACUCUACGGCAACGCGGGCGGCGUGCACCCACAGAAUCCGGCCAUGUACCCCGCUGGCUACGGUCUCAACGCGGGCUCUUUUAACAUGCACUGCUCCCCGUUCGAGCAGAACAUCUCGGUGAUGUGCACCGGCGAUAAUCCCAAACAGACAUGCAGCAAAGCGGAGCAGAGAGACUCCGACCAGCAGAAUGAAACCAAUUUACGGAUCUAUCCUUGGAUGCGAAGCUCAGGCACAGACAGGAAGAGGGGUCGCCAGACUUACACACGGUACCAGACCCUGGAGCUGGAGAAGGAGUUCCACUUCAACCGCUACCUGACGCGGCGGCGGCGCAUCGAGAUCGCCCACUCACUGUGCCUGACCGAGCGACAGAUCAAGAUCUGGUUCCAGAACCGCCGCAUGAAAUGGAAGAAGGAAAUGAAGGCCGCGGGUCAGAGCCCCUCAACCGAGGACAAGCCUGGGGGAGAAGAGAGGAGGGAGGAGUGAAAGAGAGCAGGCGUCCCUGGUCUGAAACCCCAAAACUCAAAAGAAACCCAAGACUAAUUUUUAUAUAU